ACCUAUGUAUAUGUUCUAAUAUACCCACUAUCGUAUGGGAAAUCAAAACAGCUGAGCAUGAUUAUUAAUCAGAGCUUUAGGAACCGUUCAAAAAUCUUCGCUCGAUAGUAAAAACCAAUUAGUGCACGUGGCACGGCUUGUGUUUCGUUUAGCAGCAUUUAAAAAUAGCUAAUUAUAUGUGUCAAAUGUGUCGCGUUCUGUUUGUAUUGACCCUCUUGGGUUUGUUUGCCCCGGGUCGGAGUUUGGAAGUGACCUUCCAGGAAUCCUACCCCACACACUUGUUCAAUUCGGAUCAGGAAUCUAUUCCGCACAAGCGGGCGGCGGAUGUUCCUCAGUUUUUCGACCAAGCUAGCUUUAGCUUCGACGGACUGACGCGGGUGGCCUCCGUGCCAGUGCCCUUCCCCCUGGACAUCUGCAUCCUCCAGUUGCCGACGGUCAAGUACGCCACCGCCUUGCACAAGAACGCGGACGGCCUGCGUCACCUUGCAGUGUAUGCCUGGCGUGCAGCGGAGCAGGAUUACCAGCUGCUCGUGCAUCUGGCCGCACCCAAGGCGGUGGCUCUGGACUGCCUGGCCUUCGCUGGAAGAGGCUAUGUGGCGGUGAGUUACAACCUGUCCGAGCCCGUAGGCCAGGCUCGAGAAGGAUCGCCCAUCUACGAGCUCUCCCCGGAGACGGGGAUUCGCACGGUGCAGUACUUCUCGGGAACACGGCUGCGGGGAAUGUACCUGCGGAUCAGCAGCCAGGAGCUGACCCUUCUGCAGGCCUUCGACGCGGAAGCCAAGUGCCCCUACUUCAAGUGGACGGGCUCCAGUUUCCGGCGGCUGGGAGCGAUUCCCUGCAGCAACGCUCGGCGAUUGGAGGCCUUCGGCAUCGACUAUACCGACUACGUGGCCGUGGCCAACUACGCGGACGCCCAGGGCCGCACUUCCACCCGCUCGGAGAUCUUUAGGUGGGAUGCCGCGGCCCAAAGGUUCCGCCUUUUCCAGCAACUGCGCAGCAACGGAGCCGUGGACGUCAAGUACUUCAGUCUGCCGGUGAACGAGGUCAGCCGGCGGCACUUCCUCGUCCUGGGAAACACAGUUGGCGGAUCAAGCUCCGAAGCGGGCGAGGCCGACACCGUGAUCUACGUUUUCGAAAAGGGCCAGUUCGUGCCCUACCAGCAGUUAAGUUUCUACGCCCUGGAACGACUCUUGCCGGUUGAGCACUCCAUCUCCGAGAAGUUCCUGUUGCUGGUGGCCUGCAACAAGCAGGACGUCCAGAUCUACAACCUCAACGACUGGAGGUUCGAGGAGUCCAAGGUGCAGUUCACCGAAGGGGCAUUCAGCCGUGGAGUGGCCAGGAUGAGGAGCUAUGAGGAGGGGGGUCACAGCUAUUUGGUAAUUGCCAACGAGAACAUGGCUGCCAACGAGACGAACAUCUUUCAGCCGCUCUACAAACAGGAUGAGCAUGCCAACAUCCUCCGCCAGCAAAUCAUUGACUGGGCUCGAGAGCAAAUAAAGCGUCUGGAGCAGGUGAAUGUGGAUCAGCUGUUUAGAAGACUGCAGGAAAAACUGAGGAAACGCGAGGAGAAACUGCAGUGGUCAGUCAUAAACGAAGUAAACACCGAAUCGUUUGUAGACCGCCAGAUGAAUCUGACUCCGAACUACUGGAAGGCUCUUGAGCUAAUUACGCAGGCCUUAGAUGUGCUCGAACGCAAAGCAAUCGAAGCAAGCACCAGUCAUCCCGCCAAGAGAUCCGCUGACAAGCCAACUGAGGAACUAGACUUCGAGGUGGUCACGGUGGACACCCUGGUGGUGCACGAGACCGUCCGAGCAGAUCGUAUCAACGGAGUUAAUACGAAGACCCCUGUUUUUGAGUCCAUUAGUGCCAGCAAAGUUUUAGUGAGCGAGGAGUACAGUGAGCCCGCAAGGAAGCAAAAAAGACCGCGCCUGGAGAAGCUGAUAGUAAAGAACCUGACGCUGGAGGGCAAGAUCAACGGCAUCAAGUGGACAGAUCUCAUGGAGCAGACCUUGAAGCGCAGCGGAGAGGAAGUGCAGUUCAUAAAGGCACCCGCAGACCUCGAACGCCUGCAGGCCGAGGCUGUGCAGGUCAACAGCAACGAGGUCAACGACCGGCCGCUGAGUCAGCUUAUCCCGGUGGAUGGCGGCGACUUUAUUGUCCAGCAGGACGUCCAGUUCGCGCAGCCUGUCCAGGUGAACCGUCUGCUCAUCAACCAGCGGCUGAACCACAUCCACGUCGAUCGCCAGCGCUUCGAUGCGCUGCUCAAGGAGGCGAAUUACACUCAGGUCAUCGAGGGUCCCAAGCGAUUUGAGAAUGUCCGCGUCCUGGAACCGAUUACCAUUGCGGGACAAAUGAUGGGCGCCGAAUUGAGGGCAAUGUCGCCGGCAAAGGUGACCCACAAAUCCGUACAACUGAGUGGGGAUUUUGUUAUAGACGGCGAUGUAACCAUAGGACGGCUGCUGCAAAUGAGCGAUUUAGUGGAUCAGGCCACUCAGAGAUCAGCAGCAGAUGUAUUCAGUCGAGGCCUGCGGGUUGACCAACCGCUGGAUAAUGUGAAUCUGAACUUUUUGCAACCCCUGUCGGCUAACAACACAGAACUGAGCUUCCUGAAUACCCAAGACCUGCAAAACCUGGUUAAACUGAACGUGGAUGAGGUGCAGUUGGUGCAGGCAAAGAAGAUCUUUCCCCAGGGUCUGGAAAUCGUGGAUGGCUUCGGUGAGGUGAAGUGGCUAAACGGUAUCGAUACGGAGAGACUCCCGGAAAUGCUGUUAACCAAGAGCGGCAACCAAACCAUUUCGACUUCAAUUGAACUGCAGGGUUUGGAAGUGGAGUCAGUGAACUCAUCCCUGGUGCUGUUGAACGGCUACGGGGUGGAGGACUACCUACAAGUUGACCAGGAUCAGAAAUCAAAUGGAACGCUCUAUGUUAAGCACUUGGAUGCUGGGGAGGUGAGCGUGGAAGACCUGCACUUGAAUGGCCUCCUUUUUGGCCAGCCCCUGUCCUCCAUCUACGCAUAUGGUAGCCAAUCCCUAGACAGCUGGCACCUGCCACCCGACUUUAAGGGAACACUAUAUGCCCAGAAUCUGUGGGUCAGCGGAAACAUUAACCAAGUGAACGUGGCCCAAGUGGAACAUCAAUUGCAGCAACUGGCGGGCAACAUCAAAUAUGUGGGCGAUUUUAGCUUCGACCAUGAGGUGAACAUAAGUUCGCUUAGCUUUGAAAACUCCCUAAACGGAAUUUCAGCCCACCAAUUCGGUCGCUGUUGGCUAGAAUCCGAAGGAGACCAGACAUUCACUGCUCCGCAAAAGCUUUCUUCGCUGGUCAGUGAUCAGGGCAUGUGGCUGGAUGGAAAGCUGAACAACCACUCCCUGGAGGAUCUUGUUAGCCGUAGCUACAGACUCAAUACACCGGAGCACCUGCAAGCAGUGCGAUUUGAGAAUCCCAUUGUGUUGCAAUCGGAGCUCCAGUUGGGUAAAAUAAAUGGCCUCCGAGUGCCGGAGGAUAUGAUUUACCACGACGGUGGAGGCUAUCUCUCUGCCCCAGUUAGCAUAGACGGUAACUUGGAGGCAGCUGACUUCUGCAACAUUACCAACCUUAAUGGUUACCCUCUGGAUGCGUUGGACGAGUAUUUAAAUGGAAAACCUCAGCACACAUUUAUGGCGGAAAAUGUAAAGUUUGACGGGGCGCCUUCGUAUCACCAGCUAAAUGGUUAUAAUUUGAGCAAGCUGCUAGAUGAGGUUUGGCUAGACAACGAGCAGAUUGAGCUACGGGGAUUGAAACUUGAUUCCGGGGACGUUGAAGGCCUGUUGGAGUUCCAGGGAACUCUUAAUGGGCUUCACGUAGAACACAUCAGGCAAAACUAUUUCAGCAAGACGCGCAGCAACCGAAUGAAAACUCCCCUGCGUUUCCUGCAUGACGUCACGUUCGCCCAGCCUCCAGCAGCCAACAACGUGGAACUACGACGUGGCAGCUAUGACGCACUUGUGGAGUGGAGCGCCAGCAACGUCUCGCUGGAUUUUGAUAAAUUUGUAGCCAACACCUUAAAAACUUCCGGAGUUCACUACAUUAGUGGAAAAUGGGAGCUGACAGAGGCCACAGUUUCCGGAGAUUUGAAUAAAGUCCUUAUAAACCAGUUGAAUUUAGUUGAUGAUAUUGUAAGAACGCCCCAAGGCAACGACAGUAAUGCUCCCGUGAUUGUUGAUGGCCUGAAAAUUGUUAGCAACGCCACGAUAAAUCGCUUGCAUGUUUCACCUGAAAGCCGAGUGGCCGAGGUUCCCGUGGCCAAGUGGAUCAACGAAGCCGCCUAUCUCUAUGGAAAUCACAGCAUUUCUGGAACCACCCGCCUGGAAAAUGUAAACCUCUACAACGAUCUUUCCGUAAGUGGCACUGUCAAUGGAGUUCUUUGGCAUCCGGAUAAUCUCCUCUUGCGGGACAAGGAACAGGAGGUGCGGGGAUCCCUGGUUAUGGACAAUAGUCUGCCCAAUCGCAGGCAAAUCUUUAGCAACAAUGUAAAGAAUCUCUGGGUGGACACAGUCAAUGGUCUGCCAGUGAACGAGUUAUUGGCCAACAAGGCCCAAAACAGGCCUAAUCUUCACGUCAAGAGCCAGCUUAUUUUCACCCAGCCAUUAACCGUGGGUCACUAUGAGGUGGAGAACGUAAAUGAACCUGUGGAUAAAUUCUACAGAAGAAAACGGGGCAUUAACACGAACACCAUUGAAGCUUGGAAACAGUUUCAGGAAAAUUUGGAUGCUUUAAAAAGAGAUUAACCCAGCCACCAAAGGUGCUGAAAUACUUUGCCUUGCUGCAGGAGCUGCCUCAUAAGGAUUCAAAACUAGAGAUCAUCUCCUCGGGAGGCGGUGAUGUACUAACCAUAUGGGAGCAGGGAUCCAAGGAAAUAAUUCCCUAUACUUGGUCUAGGGACAAACAGCGGUUCAGUCGUAAUUCAAGCUUGACAGCACUGCCACAGCUUAAGCAACUCAUGGAUAAAUAUACUCAGGACGCAGAGUCCACUACAAAAAUGGAGUUCGGAGAGCUCAGGUUGCAGUGCGGAGGAAUCAAAGAAGAAAACCAGAUAGUAAUCCAAUGCCAGGAUAAACAAAACCACAGCAGGGUAGCAGUCGUUGAUGGACGGAAUGCAAAACAGCUGCUGUUAGUCGCCAACACAGAUGACAUGCCCAUUUUGGUGACGACUUCCAAAGCUGUGGAGCUUUGGAGGUUCAGAUAUGGCAACUAUUCGCUUGUGAGUAGCUUGCAGGGAGGGCAGGUGGAACACAUAGCCAACAUAGAACGGAAAGCCGGCAUGGCAAGCGGUUUUACGGCGUUCCUGGCUUCAUCGCCAGCAGCAGAGAUCCGAAUUUACAGCCACGACACCAGGGAAUUUUAUCUGGAACAAGUGCUAGGACUCCCAGAUUCAAAGCUGCCGCGCGAAAUGAAAUUCAUGUAUCUGCCCGAGUCGGAAGACCUGCUCCUGUGUGUUUCGAAUGUGCUGCAAAACCAACCGCUCACCAUCUACCAGCACCUCGGGGCAGCCGGAUUCCAGCAAAUUCUCGGAGACAGUGUCCUGCCGGAGGCUCGUGCCUUGCAGGUGCUCCAGCUGCCCGACCAAAAGCUCAGCCUGCUUUCCGUGGCUACGGGGAAAGCAGUCUACUUGGUGCAGCCACUAUUUAACACUCUUUAGAUCACUUUUGUUUCGUUUUUCCUAAUAAAAAUUACUUUUUAUUAACCGUU